AUGUUAAUUAAUUAAUAAAUUAAUUUUAAAUAUUUAAAAAGCUACAAUUUAAUAUAUCCUCAGGGUGCAUAACAUUUAGGCUCCGCUUUAUUAAACCUCUCUUAAUUAUCUGAUUUAACACUAGAACUUAAAGGCAAUGAAAUCAAUGACCAAGGUGCCUUAAGUUUAAUUACCGCUUUAAAAGCUUUAACUCAUCUCUAAGUUUUGAAACUAGACCUUUAAGAAAACUCACUUAGUGAUUCAGGUGCCGCAGAGCUACUAACUCAUCUUAAAUUUUGCAAGGAGCUUCACACUUUAUUGCUUAAUCUUGAAUAUAAUUAAAUUGGAAUACUAUUUGCAUCAAAUCUAGGUUCUGUUUUAGAAAAUUGUUCUAACCUCGAUAUUUUGGCUCUUUCGUUAUAGAGUAAAGUAUUGGAUACAGAAUCUAUAUCAGUUUUCUUUCAUGGUUUAUCUAAAUGUUCAAAUCUUUCCACUUUAGAACUAAAUCUGAUCUCAAGUAAAGUUGACUAUAAGAAUUUAUAAGAUUUAGGCACAACUCUAAAAACUUACAAUAAGCUUUAAUCAUUCAAACUUAAUCUUGAUGAAAGCAAUUUAACUGAAGAUUGUAUUCAAAUUUUAUUUUCUGAUUUAUCAAACUGCAAUCAACUUACUAAUUUGAAAAUAAACCUUAGUAACAAUAAAAUAGUUGAUUAAAGUCUUUCAAAUUUAAGUUUUGCUUUAUCAAACUGCUCUAAUUUCAUAACUUUAGAAAUUGAUUUUAGCGAUAAUUAAAUAAAUGGAUCUGGUGCAGAAAUUUUAAGCUCUUCUAUUUCGAAAUUGACCAAGCUUUAAGAUUUGACACUAAUCUUUAAAAGAAAUGAAUUGAGCGACAAAGGAGUUUCAAGCAUAGGUUCUGCUUUAGUGAAUUGUGCCAAUCUCAAUACUUUAAAGCUCGAUUUUAGCUACAACUCCCUAGGUAAUAAGGGAUCAUAAGAUUUAAGUUCUUCAUUAGAGUAAAUGAAAUUGCUCUCAAAUUUAUCUCUUGACAUUAGGUAAAAAUAGCUAAAACAUUUAUUUAUUUUGAAAUCAAUUAAUAAUUUAAUAAAAAAUUCUUAAACAAAAUGA